AUGCGGUCGCACAACUUUGCCAGAACAAUGUUGCGCUGCGCUGGGCGCAAUAUCGUCGCUUCACAGUCGUCGACACCGCUACGAGUGUCUGCUCAAACCUUCCGAUCCGGUCUCUCCUAUCAGACUCCUGCUAUUUCAGCGCCGCGCGCAUUCAGCAGUAGCAGCGUUUCGCAGAAGAAGAAGGCCAAGAAGAACGUCAUCGAAGAAGAAGACGCUUUCGAAGAACAACAGAACGACGACGACGACGAUCUCUUUGGCGGCGUCUCGUCCACCUCCCCGGCCUCCUCCUCCUCAUCGACCAGCGCCGUAGCAUCUUCGAUCUCGAGAGCCGACUUUGCGCUCGCGCUCUCCGAAUAUCGCGCCUCGCUCGAAUGGGAGAUGCUCGAUCGAGGUCAAUUCCCCAGCCUCGUCAAAUGGCGUUUCCUCGCAUCCAACGCUGACACCCCCGCCGAGUUCGCAGAGCUUCUCGACCUCGCUUCGAUUUACCGCGAUCGUGUGGGCAGCCUCGGGGUGGAAAGCGGCUGGCGCCUCGCUUUUCGAGCUUCAUCCAAAAGACUUCCGGAAGUAGCGUUGAAUGCCUUCUUGGACAGAUACAGGUUCGGGCUGGAGUACGACAUGGAGAGUCUGAUGGUGGUUCAGGAGGGAUUGGUUAGGAAAUUGGGGAGGAGAAACAGGGAGGAGAUUCUGCAGAGUGCGGAGGUGGAAGGGUGUCCAGUCCAGGAAGUGGAUUUGUUGGGGGUGAUCGGGGGUGGGGAGGGUGAGGGUGAAGAGGGAAAGGCGGAAGCGAUCGCGGAACACCACGAGUUGGACAUGCCGCUGGCUAGAGCCCAACUCUCCAUCAUCGAUAGGAUGUGUCUCCUGGCCUCGCUAUCGACCAACCUGUCGGCGACGGCGUCGAUCGAUCCGGUGCUGCUCUCGUACGUCACGAGAGCGUACAUCCAGACCUUCCACCUGGAUCAAUCCCGUUCCAAGAGCAGAUCCAACCCUCUCCUCACCAACAUCUUCACCCGAACGGACAACCUUGUUUCCCUACUAACGUCCUCCGCUCAACGAUCCAUCUCCUCUUCCUCUACUCCAUCGCAGAGUGGUGCAAAACACAUCUCCCAGUCUCAACGAUCAGCCGCUCUGAGGCGCAACCUCCGAUCCACACUCAGCUACGUCGCUGUACGCGGUCAAGGUGGCUUCAAGGAUGCACACGGAAAAGGGUUGGAUCCGGUCAGAACGCUGUACAGGCUGAUGGAGACGGUCGACAGAAGUCAGAGCGGAUUGUUGGUGAGGAAAGUAGAGCCGCUGUUGCAGAGUUACCAGUCGCUCUGA